AUGAUGCUCCAUGCGGAACACGAAUGCGAAAUAGCUGAAGAAGAAAAUGAUAUACUGUUUCUUCCCGGUAGAGGUAUAUUUCAAAGAUUGAGAGACAUUUUACGUCUCUCAUUGUUACCCUCACGAAAGAAUCCAGCUGCUUUUUAUUUUUUACGAAGCAGUGCUGCCAUAGUUCAAGAAAAACGUCGCCAAUGGCGAAGUUUUCCGAAUAUCAUUCAUCCAUUCAGCUUAUUCAGGCACAUUUGGGACAUAUCGAUGAUAAUCAUAAUAUCUCUUGUACUGAUCAUCAUCCCCUAUCAGGCUUCCAUUGGAAUAAGGGAAAAGAGAAUAACUUCGAUCAUUAUAAAGAACAUCUUGUUGGUAAUCUGUUGCUGCGACAUAAUAGUGAAUCUUAGAACAGGGUAA